UCGGAGUCAAGAGCAAUGGGAAAACUAUAUAAACUAUAUAGCUGGAGCCCGGAAUUUUGGAUAUGCCUUGUCUAUCUGUUCGAUUUGGUGAACUCCCAGCCCCAGCUUCCAGAGAGCUGCAAUGAUGCACGCGCUCGCCCCGGCAGCUGCGUCCCUCUAACGAGCUGCUCGCAUCUCGUCCAGGAGUAUCAGACGGGCACAGCGGGUCAGGAAUUUCACACGUUUCUCGGACAGUCCAUUUGUGGCUUUGAUGGCGCCAGCUUCUUGGUUUGUUGUGCCACGAUGCGUGAGCCUUCGGCCAACCGUCAUCCCAAGCAGAUUGCGCCAGCUGUCGGUUUUUCGUUCUCCUCGUUGAGCGGACCCACCACGCCUCCUCCUCCGCCCAUCACCGUCUUUCAGCCCACGCCGCCCAUAAAUCAACCUGGAAUUGUGCUGCGUCCCACUCCAGUGCCUGUUCACCCAGCUCCUGCUCCUGGUCCUGUACCUGUCUUCCCCUCGCAGCCAGGUGGUGCCAGCAGCUCCAGCAGCUCCAGCAGUUCCAGCGGCUGUGGCAUAGGUGGCGCCACCACAAAUCGUGUCGUCGGCGGCUUGCCCGUUCGCAAAGGUGCCUAUCCUUGGAUGGCUGCUUUGGGCUACUUUAAGGAUGGCAAUCGCAAUAGCUUGGAAUUUCUUUGCGCCGGCAGCUUGAUCAGUCCGCAGUUUGUUGUGACCUCGGCACAUUGCAUCAACUCCAUGUUGGCGCUGGUUCGCCUGGGCGCUCGCGAUCUCUCCAAUCCCAAUGAGGCGGGUGUGAUGGACUAUCGCAUUCGACGCACUGUUGUGCAUCCGCAAUUCGAUUUGUCUGCCAUUGCCAAUGAUAUUGCCUUGAUUGAGCUGAAUGGCGAGGCGCCAUCUACUGCUGACAUUCGACCCAUUUGCCUGCCAGAGUCGAGCCGGUUUCUGCUUGAGGAUCAGUUCGUGGGCAUGAAUCCAUUUGUGGCCGGCUAUGGGGCCACGCAACAUCAGGGCACCACCUCCAAUGUGCUGCGGGAUGCCCAGGUGCCGAUCGUCUCACGGCAGAGCUGUCAGCAGAGCUACAAAUCUGUCUUUCAAUUUGUUCAAUUCAGCGACAAGCUAAUUUGCGCUGGCAGCUCCACAUUCGAUGCCUGUCAGGGGGAUUCCGGUGGACCAUUAAUGCUGCCGCAGCUGGAUGGCAGCAUCUAUCGCUACUAUCUGCUGGGCAUUGUUUCCUUUGGCUACGAGUGCGCCAAACCUGGUUUUCCCGGCGUCUACACCAGAACCAGCAGCUACAUGAGUUGGAUACAGCAGACACUGGCUGGAGCUUCAAGAGGAAGGAGGCGACGAUUUGUUGACACUACGCCUAAUAUUCUGAUGAAAAUUUCUCUCAGUGCAGUGACUAUGUCAUCGAUUAGAUGCAAUGCAAGUCGCAAACUAAAUCAGCUCGCUGGCUGCAUAUAUAAAAACCCAGCUCGGCUGUCGAACGCCGAAUCGUUGUCGCUGAUCGGGCACGCAAACACGUUGUCCAAACCCAAAUUCGAGUCGGGGGAAAAAAAAACAGUGCUAGUAAUAAUAUCUCUAAAGAAGCUUGACAGCCGGUCAGUAAGACGCGCUCAGUCUGAUAACGUUCGUCGAGUCGUGCACGUCGCGAGUGCGCAACGCGAAAUUGGAUAUCUCUAUAUAAAUAUAUAUUUAUAUAUAUAUUUAUCAUAUCUAAUUAUCAAUCUAUUUAACUGCGAUAAAAUGAAGCUAGUACUGUGUAUUGUGUUAAUGCUUGGCUGCCUGGUCACGCCCACGCCCGCCCAGUUCAAUCGACGACAAGUUCGCCAGAAUUGCAUCACGCCCGAGAACUAUUAUGGUAGCUGUGUGGCGCUUAGUUAUUGCCCCCAGGUGGUGAAUAUCUUCCAGCAGACCGAUAGACGUACCGCCCAGAAUUACAUUUUGCAACUGCAGCGCAGCUGCGGCACACGCAGCGUCAACCGCGACCCAUUGGUGUGCUGCACUCGACCGAUUACUAAUCCGGUCACAGAUCGGCCGAAUCCUUUCAUUACCACAGAGGGUAGCUUUGUUACGCCAUCGGUGAGCCCGUGGACGACGAGCAAUCCAUUCCUGUUCCCCAAUACCCCGCCAACGCGGCGCACGACGACGACGACAACAACAACAACAACUACAACCGCUGCCCCAGUUACAUCUAACUCACUUAUAAUGCCUCGUGGGCCAUCCUGUCGGUUUCCACCUGGCACGGUGGGUGAGUGUGUCGACAUCAAAAGCUGUGACCCCGUCUUCAACGAACUUCGGGCUAGACAAACUGAUCCCGACUAUGCCAAGCAAUUGCAAGCCUCGAAUCUGGUGUGCGGCCGCGUUGGCUCCCACGUCUGUUGCCCCACUGGCCAGGCGGUGACCGAGAUAACAACCGUCAUUCCAGUCAAUCUCAACGAGGUGCCACGUCGUCUUCCCACCGUGGCGGAGGGCUGCGGCGCAACACCCAAGGCGGCAGCCUUCAAGAAGGUUGUCGGCGGAGAGCCGGCCAAGCAGGGCUCUUGGCCUUGGAUCGCUCUACUUGGCUACGACGUCAUCGCUGGCUCACCUUUCAAGUGUGGCGGCACUUUGAUUACGGCCAGACAUGUGGUCACAGCUGCCCAUUGCAUUCUGGAGGAACUGACAUUUGUGCGUCUGGGCGAACAUGAUUUGACCACGGAUACCGAAGCACGUCAUGUGGACAUAAGGAUUGCUAAGAAAGUGAGCUAUCCGCAGUAUGUUAAGCGCAUUGGACGUGGAGAUAUCGCAAUGCUCUUCUUGGAGCGAAACGUGCAGUUUACGGACACGAUAGUGCCCAUCUGUAUGCCCAGCAGUCCAGCUCUGCGCUCCAAGUCGUAUGUGUCAACCAAUCCCUUUGUCGUUGGCUGGGGCAAGACUCAGGAGGGUGGCCAAUCCUCUGAGGUGCUCAUGCAGCUGAUGAUACCCGUGCUGGAAAAUGAGGAGUGCCGCAGGAGGUAUGCGAGCGUGAACCGUUAUCUGGCACCGGAACAAUUUGACGAGGCGGUGCUCUGUGCGGGCGUCUUGGCUGGCGGCAAGGAUACAUGCCAAGGUGAUUCCGGUGGACCACUGAUGACGUCCGAGGUGGUCGACGGACAGAUGCGCUUCUAUCUGAUUGGCGUGGUGUCCUAUGGCGUGGGCUGUGCCCGGCCCGAGAUACCCGGCGUCUAUUCGAGCACACAGUACUUCAUGGAUUGGAUAAUCGAGCAGUUGAAGAAUACGCCCUAAGAGAGAUUUUAGCUAACUCAAUUACUUUUAUAAUAAUAAUACUAAUAAUAAUAAUAAUACAAAUUAUAAUAAUGAGAACAACUAAUGAUGGCAGAAGCGCUCCAAGCGAAACUCUCUUCUGUUGACAUUGGGCUUUGUUCUCAUGACCGAAUCCUGAA